UCAACCGUUUUUUAGACCAGUUGUUGACACCCAUCGCCUCGGUCCUCCAUGGUCAAGACUCCAGUCAACAUGCAAAGCCCCUCGUUCAUGGUAGACUCUUUGAUUUCCAAGAAAACUCUAGAAAUUUCUCCUGAGAUCGAGAAAGUUGAAGAUGAAUCGCAUAACGACAGCAGAAAGUCAGCAUUUUCGUCGCAAUUACCGAAGAGGGAGUUUCCUACAAGCGUAUGCAAUUGCCAACCGUGCCAGCAACCUAUACCCGGUUUUACAGCCAUUAGUCAAGUCUCUAGCCCACCGCGUUUCAUGUCCUUACAGUCCAUGGCGGGUGUUAGUGUUCCGACCCCUGUAUACCUACCUAAAAGUCCACAAAGACGGAAAAGGAAAGAAAACAAACCACGAAGACAAAGAACUACGUUUACAAGCGAGCAAACUCUGAAACUCGAGUUAGAGUUUCAUCAAAACGAGUAUAUAACUCGUUCGAGGCGCUUUGAGUUGGCGGCUUGCUUAAGCCUCACAGAAACACAGGUGAAAAUCUGGUUUCAAAAUCGUCGAGCGAAAGAUAAACGUCUAGAAAAGGCACAAAUGGAGCAGCAAGUUCGACUAGCGACCUAUACCAAUAGCAUGACUUAUCCUGCGACGUACCUAAAUUAUUAUUCACCACAUUACUUCAAGAACGGUACACAAACUAUUCAUUCUCCAGUGUCAACGAUGAGCCAAAGACUAUCUUAGUAACUUCAUCGUUGUUUUUGUAUAAAUUAAAUUUUUUAAGUCAAUGUAAAGAGCAUUUUAAACGUGGAGAACCGGUGUAAAUAUGAGAAUGCAAACAGUGAACUAGUUUCUUGUGUUUAUCAUGUUGUAGUUAGAAUUCUUAACUGUGAUUAAGUCAAUAGUAAUUGCACUUCAACUAGAAAAUAAGAUGGUAGACGCCGAUUAGUGCUUUGAUGAUUGUUUGUUUAUUCAAAAAAGUACACAACAAUUARCCCAAAUAACAUAAAAGUGACCAUUUCCGAACAAAAAUCUACUUUAUCUUCAUCAAGAUCUUUAACAAAACGAUUUGUUUCUCCUUGUUACAAACAAAUCCAAACUUUGAAAUUCUUCAUAAGACUAAAACAGUGAUAAGUCAUCAUAUUUUGUGUCAAAUACGCUCAUUUUACUUUCCUCUUCAUCUACACUUUUGUAUAUAAUCAUCAACAUAAUAAUAUGCUAUACUUUAAAAACAAAUCCAACAAUAUUAUCGCUAAAUAGAUGCAUUUUUACMA